AUGGGCCUUCCAUCUCCCGUACGGGAACACAACGAGCAACUCCCCCAAUUUGACAGCAGUGACAAUGAUAGCCUGCAAUAUACUACUGAAAUCGGUGGGAACACUUCCAAGGCCACAUAUCAGGAGGUAUCGGGAGCGCCCGUUGAGGUAAAUUCACCACUGGGGUAUUCGGUCGGUUGGGUUACUGUGGUUUUCUUGAACUUGAGCAAGAUGAUCGGAACGGGAGUAGUUUCAACAUCAUCGACAGUUCUCAAAGGUGCUGGGUCGGUUGGUCUCGCGUUGAUAUAUUGGGUGAUUGGGUAUUUAAUGGUAUCGAGCUCUCUGUCGGUCUACAUGGAAUUCGCAUCAUCUUUCCCCAGUCGGUCCGGUUCCGAGGUUGUCUACUUGGAACAGUCGUAUCCCCGACCCAAGUACUUCUUUCCUACUGUCUUUGCAAUGCAGACGGUGCUUUUCUCAUUUAGCAGCAGCAACGAUGUUGUGCUAGCCCAGUAUCUCUUCAAACUUGCUGAUUCGGAGGUCACCCCAUGGAAAUCGAAGGGAGUUGCUGUGGCUUGCUAUACUGUUGCAGUCCUUGCUUUGGCGUUUCACACCAGGUGGUCUUUGAGGCUCGCAAAUGCCAUCGGCCUGGUCAAGCUACUGACCUUGAUAUUCAUCGGGAUAACCGGGUUGGUAGUUCUCGGAGGUCAUACUUCAGUGAAAGAUCACAAAGCAAAUUUUAGAAACGCCUUUGACGGUACUAGCACUGCCACAGCCUACGGGACAACAAAUGCAUUGACCAAGGUCUGGUUUUCUUUUGCGGGAUACGAAAAUGCCUUCAACGUUGUCAAUGAAGUCCGGUUAUGUACUUCAUAUGAUCGUGACAACUUCGCUGCAAGCAAUGACGAAAUUUUCAAGUCGAAAGUUGUUGCCGCUGGUGUCUUUUUCGAGAAGGUGUUUGGAAGUAGUGGUGCGGCCAAGGCAUUGGAUUUCCUGAUCUGUGUAAGCGCUUUUGGAAAUCUCCUUGCUGUGCUUAUUGGACAGUCUCGUAUGCUGAGGGAGUGCGGAAGACAAGGUGUGUUGCCUUUCACUGCGUUUUGGACUUUGACAAGACCGUUUGGCACACCCCUCGGUCCGUAUCUUGUAAAAUGGGGCCUCACGGUAAUAAUGAUCCUGGCACCACCUGCUGGCGAUGCAUUCAGUUUCGUUGUGGAUCUCGGAGUCUACACAUCCAGCUUCUUCGGCUCGGUGCUCACAAUAGGCCUCGUGGUCACUCGAAUACGUCGUGCGCGCCUCAAUCUCCCGCCACCGGAAGACAAGGCCUGGCACGUUACAGUGGCAUUUGCAAUUCUCUCCAACCUGUACAUGGUCGUGAUCCCAUGGUAUCUGCCCAGUAUUGGUGCUAAUGGAGGUGAUGUCAGCUUCUGGUAUGCAACAUAUUGCGCGGUUGCUAUAGGAAUUAUCGGGUUAUGCGGACUCUACUAUUAUGUCUGGAUCAAGCUUCUCCCUAGAGCUCAAGGCUUCACGUGGGAGCAAACGGUUCUGAAAUUAGACGAUGGUGCUCUGGCGCAUCAGCUUGUCCGGGUACCUAAGAAGAAUGCCUGA